AUGGUCUACAACACGACGGCCAAGGCCGUCUGGAACGACGUCGACUUGAAUCAUGCGGCCUCAUUGCUGCAAUCCAACCGACCUAUUCUCUAUGCUGUCCUGGGAGCCGGCUUCCUUCUCGCCUACCUCCUCCAAUCGAGCAGUCACAACCCAGGUGUAUCAGCCCCCCUUUACAAGGCAUCCAGGUUUAGAUGGUUGUUCUCUGCAGAGUCUCUGCUCAAGGACAGCUAUCACAGGUUCCGCGAUAGGGUGUACCUUGUACGAGCCACCGAAGGCCUCCAACUGAUGGUCCCCUCAAAUUACGUGACGGAACUGAAGAAGUAUCCAGAGGAGGUACUAAGUGCGCGAGAUGCCAUCUCUGAUGCUCUGCAAAGCAAAUGGACAAAGUUCUGGCCGGGUCGCCACGUAGAACUCCUGACGUUCGUUGUGCGCACGCGGCUGACGCAAAACCUCGUCAAGCUGGCUCCCAUCCUCAAGCAGGAGCUGGACUUCAUCAUAUCAACCGACUUUCCUGCUUGCAACGACUGGACCCCGGUGAACUGGCAUUCGUUCUCGCUCCGGACCAUCAGCCGACUCGGCGCCAGGGCAUUCGUCGGCCCUGAACUAUGCCGCGACAAACGUUGGCUAGACACGACUGUGGACUUUGCGGUGCACGUCUUCAUGGCCGGUUCCAAGCUGCAAUUCUUCCCCGAGUGGAUGCGACCCCUUGCGCAGUACCUGGUAUCGGACAUAGCCAAGAUCCAUCGCAACAUACAGACCGCAAGGGACAUGAUCAAACCGAUCCUCGAACAGCGCCUGCGCGACCUAGACUCCACGACCUGCGAGGAUCCUCCCAACGAUAUACUCCAGUGGUUCCUCGACGGCCUGCCCGAGGACGACAAGGCCGACUUGGCGACUCACGCCGAGCUCCAGCUCGUCAUUGCUGCUGCAGCCACCCAUACGACCAACAGCUUGGUCUGUGAAUGCAUGUACGACCUGGCCGCCAAUGAGGAACUCCAGGAGGAACUGCGCGAGGAAGCCCGACAGGUUCUCGAAGUCAAUGACGGCUGGCGCCACAAGGAGAACAUGGCGAUGCUGAAGAAGAUGGACAGCUUCAUGAGAGAGGUCCACAGGCUACGCGGAAACAUUGUUUCUUUCGCUCGCAAGGUCAGGAAGCCCAUAACCCUCUCAGACGGCACCGAGCUGCCUGCCGGCACGCGCGUCAUCGCCCCUGCAGCCGGCAUCCACAGCGACGAGCGCUUCUUCCCCGACCCGAGCACGCUCGACGCCAUGCGCUUCCAUCGCCUGCGCCAGGAAUCGGAAGAGGCAAACAACAGGCUGCAGUUUACCAGCCUGGGGGACACGUACAUCAACUUUGGUGCAGGCAAGCAUGCCUGUCCAGGGCGAUUCUUCGCCGGCAAUGAGGUCAAGCUCAUCCUCGCGCGCUUCCUCCUCGCCUACGACAUACGCCUCCGGCCGGGACGAACAGGGCCAAGAUCCAUCUGUUUGGUCAUGACGAAGACGCCAAACCCCAUUCUCCAGUUCGAAUUCAGGAGGCGACAGGACUGA